AUGAACUUAGGGAGUGGAAUGGACCCCCUUGAAACUGGAUAUAAUUGUCAAUACCUUGAGAAUGAAUUAGUAACAAAUUUCAACAAAAUGAAGGCUGUUGACAAGAUGUCAUCUGAGAUGGAAGAUGAUGCACAGCUCAGUGAAAUCAUGGCAGCCUAUGAUAUACCAGAUGCUGGAGACAUGUCCCUUCCUGCAUCCAGUCCAGGGCCCCUAGAGAGGAUUGUCCCUGCCUCUUCCAAUACAUUAAGUACAGGCCGUCCAGUCUUGGACUAUGUCAUGUCCAAUGUGGAACCCAAGGCGUCUACUGUUCUUCAGUCUCUUGCAUCAAUGGCAUCACCUGCAUUCAUUGAACAACCAACUGGUAUUAGAAAGGGUUCUCAUGUCAAACAGCUUGCUGGACCAAGUUCUUUUACAACCUUGGGUCAACAAUCGAGAAGACACUGUGUAGAUACCAAAGGGUCAUCAUCUUCAGCAUCAUCAACAUCAACACUGAUGUUGUCAUCACUACCAUCAUCAUCUCAUAUCCUUGGGCCGGCUUCCUCUGGACUCUCUACUAAGGUUAUCAAGGAAGAUGACCCAAUGUCAUUGUCAUAUAGCAUGGAUUUCCGCCAUCAGCAUGAAGCAGCCAUUGAGUUUGACCAGCUUCAGGAACACUCUCAACCAUUGCUCAUCUACUCAAAAGAAGACUGGCCCUCACCAGACCCUGAUUUGCAAAAUACCAAUGACACAGGAAUAGCUUUCCAGCACCUAGACACCCCCGAGAUUGCUCCUUCAGGUUCUCUGGGAAACUCACAUAUACCAUCCAAAGGCCCUGUACGUAAUGCAAGAAAGUUAAGAUCAAGAGGAUCAAAGGUGGUAUCUACAAAAACAAAAAGCGCCCGAUCUGAGGGGAAAAAGCAAAAGGAUCCUAUACUUAAAAAUCUUUCGUUCAGACCUUUCUCUUCCGUCAUGACUCCUGAACACAAAAGUUUGAUUGCAAAAGGUUUGUCAGACUCGGAGAAGAUAGAUCUGUUGGCUGAACUGCAUGAGUUGCUCAAAAUUAAGAACCGUGAUUCUAAGAGACGUAGGAGAGCACGUUUGAGCUAUGAGAAGUUGGAGGAAGAGAGACGCAAAAAUCGGGAGAGAAAACGUAGAUCAAGACAGGAUCCUUUCAUUGAGUUUCGUCAUAUCAUGACUGAGGAGCAGAGGAAGCAAUUGCUGCAGCCUGACCUUGAUCCUGCCCGGAAAGAAACCAUCAUGACAGAGUUGAUGGCCGUCAAGAAGUGGAUAAAUAGAGAACAAAAACGAACAAGAAGAGCUCAUAUGACCGAAGAGCAGAGAGCUGAGGAGAGGAGGAAAAGCAGAGAAUAUAAGCGAAGAGCUCGAAACAAUCCUUUGCUGAUGUUUAAGUCGGUAAUAACAGAAAGACACUGGGAGCUGUUGCAUCAAGAUUUGAAUCAGGAGGAGAGAGAAAAUUUGGUGGAGGAACUCAUUGAGCUGAAGAAAAUAAAGCAAAAAGAAGAUAAGGUAAAGAGGAGAGCUAGGUAUUCAUCUGAGCAAAAGGAAAGAGAAGGGAGCUGCAGUAGUGAGAAGCAACAACAGGAAACUCAAAGUGCGUGUGACCAAAGUUCUGUUGGUAUAGCAAAUACUGAUGUGAAUGAAAGGAUACAACCUAAGCAGCAUCAAGAACUUCCAAUCAGUGACAGUACUGUAGGAGUGACUGAGGAAGCAGGAUUUCCUGUGAGGGAUGAUCUUCAAGUGGGAGGACAUAUCAACCCAUUGCCAGAUCCUGGUUUUACAGCUAGCUCUACCGAGGGAACUACCAACUGUGACAUACUACUAGAUGAAUCUAUUGAGCUACUGGAACAAGAGGGCAAUUACAGUAAGCCAGAACUAGAGAAGAUUAAGAACAAAAUCAGACAGCGCAGAAGAAGGGCAAAUCAGACAGCAGAGGAGAGAGAGGAAGAAAGAAGGAAAAACCGUGAGAGGAGCAGAAUGAGAAGGAAGAAGCUUGCUGAGAUUGAAAAGGUUGUUGCCAGAGAGAGGUCUCAGUUUAAGAAGUCACCUUCUAGCAUACCAAGUCAUGUCGGCCAUCAGGGAGGCAGUGGGUAUGAUCCUUGGAAGGUUGUAAAUAUUAAGACUGAAACAGACUCUCCACAAAGAAAUUUCACUGAAAUGCCAAAUGUUUCCUGUUCCUCAAGUAAUCAAACCUUGGAAGUUGGUCCUUGUUCUGAUUUACCCACAGAACCAGCUGUACCUUGGUUGACUAAACAUCUCAUGGAUAGAAUAAGGAUACGAAAUAGAGAAUGCACUAAGAAGGCAAGGGCCAAUAUGACGGAAGAACAAAGGGAACGCGAGAGAGAACGCAACCGGGAGCGUCAGCGAUUGCGCCGCCUCAUGCAGACCCCUGAGGAGAGGUUGGCAUACACUGAGAAACAGAGAAAUUUACGUCGACUUCAGAGGCAAGACCCUGCGUAUAGAGAGAAAGAGCGGGAGAGACAGAGGAUGAGGAAAAAGAAACUACGAGAGUCACCGUUUUACAGAGUUCAUGAAAAUAACCUCUUACACCUGCGUAGAUCGAGGAAGAGGGGUUCUCGGAUGCCCAUGCCACACAGAGACAAUGAGGAGGAUGUGAGAACUGAGGAUUGUCAAAAGCAGGAAUUUAAUAGUUCUUCUUCAGAAGAUAUUUCUCCAGAGGAAUAUGAUGAAAUGGAGGAAGAACUCGACAAGAGUGAUGGCAAGCCUGAUGGGGAAGGGUGGCUGGAAGAUGAUUCGUCAAAUGAUGAGAAGGGUGAAGAAGAGGAUGAAAGUGACAGUGAUUAUGAAAUAUUGUAUCGAAAUUCAUCAGUCAAAGACACUGAACAAGCCACAGGGUUGGACAGAGAAACAAGGAGAGGUAAAGAAGAUUUGAGAUUGAAGAUAUCCACAAGUAUUUCUGGCAUGCAUAAGAUUGUACCUUUAAACAAAUAAAGAAUAAUGUCUUACUAAACAAUAUGAAAAACAUGUAAGUAAUUUGAAUGAAAUAUUGCACAAACUAUUUUUUUUAUUACUAAGCUGAUUGUAGAACAAGUUUGAUUCGUGGGCAUGUUAAGAAGAAAGUAUUCUGUUUUAACAUGUUAGUAAAUCAUUAUCGUCGCUUUGCCAGACAUAUAUUGUAACUGCAAUCCUUUGCUUGGUAAAUUCAUAAUGGAUUGUAAAGUUCUAUGUUAAAAGUGAAAAAAAAGGAGGACACACACAUACAUAUAUG